ACUACCCGCAGAGCUAUCAUCUCAUAAUAAAGCGGAGUUUGUUUAAGGGAAGAAAACAGUGAGCGGCAGCAGCAGCGCAGCUCCACGGGCCGUCAGCAGCGCCUCGUAGAAUAAGACUUCUGACUUCACAGAGACACACAGAGAAGAAAACCAGCUACACUUUGUACUUGGAGGUUUUAAUCCACAUUUUAACUCUUUUUUUUUUUUUUUACCCAUUUCCAAUUUUGACAUUUCUAAUGCCUCACGUGUGAUGGCUAAUGUGUCAUCGGUUGAUGUGGGAGUUUUGUUUCUCAUUGUGGUGACAGCGUCUUUGGCAAACGGUUCUUCAUCAAGCAAAGAUGUGAGCCAGAGGAGAGAGGUGAGCACGCUCCCGCCCAGCGCUGUGGACGACCUCGCUGGUGUCGCUUCAAACAGUGAGGCGAAACUCUGCUCCACCUGUGACCAGCCGGGGGCCAGGAGGCGGGCCAAGAGAUGCACAUGUUACACUUACAGAGACAAGGAGUGUGUGUAUUACUGCCACCUCGACAUCAUCUGGAUCAACACACCAGAGCAUACUGUACCAUAUGGUAUGUCCAGUUACCAGGGCUCCCUGCGUGCGAGGCGCUCUGCUGGGACUGAGCAGCGGGGGAGGCGGACGGAGGCCCAGCGGUGUGUGUGUUCACUGCACACUGACUCCGACUGCAGCAGCUUCUGCAUGGACAGCAGGCAGAGGAAGAAUUAGACAGGAGGACAGGAACUCUUCACAGUGGGCCUGCUAUGAAAGGAACAUAUAGGUGACAUGCUGACUAUCUGAAAGGUGGACAUCCACUCAUUUGGAAAAGCAACAUGUAAUUCUACGAUAAAAAAAAUACAUGUUUGUAGUGCGCUCUGCACUGCGCCUUGUCAUCAGACUGAUGGAUAAAAGCUGCUUGCACAAAAACGGAGAGCGAGGGGGUUCCAGCAGGGAUGCUAACCCCCCCCCACCCAUCCACCCACCCCCACCCCCCCCCCCCACCCCCCACACACACUCUGCCUGUGUCUGUUUGGUAGCUGUGGACAAUGUUUUUCAUUAUCCCGUCACAACUGAGGAUGGUUUAGAUGCGCCAGACGGUUUGUGUCGGCCAUAAAAGACUUUGGAGGAGCGUGUUGCUCACACAUGUCUGUGCUGCGUGACAUGGAGGCUGCUUCAAAAGCUGUUGACAUCCAACUCCACCGCCUCAACAAUCGUUAAAACAUCACCACAAGAACAUGUAUCACAUGACUGUGUUUUUCUCCACAGGGACAACAUUUAAUGUGGACACCUAAGCAUGUGGUCACGGCCAGUAACUCAACAUUAUUUUCACAAUUUGUCACAGUCACCCGAAACAUCCAAAGAUAUUAUUUAGGUAAUUGGGUUGCUCCCUUAUGAAUGGAGUUAUAGUUUCAUCAGUAACUGUUGAAGGCACGCAGAUCUCAACGCUUUAAAGAAUGACUUUACUUUUCCACAAGGAACUGGAAACAAAAAUUCAAGCAAAGCAAAACUAAUUUUUACAGUAUUUUACUCUAUUAAGCUGAAUCUAUGCCAAAAGAUUGUGUAUAUGAAAUGUAUUUCAGUAUAUAUAGGCUAUAAAUUAUAAUUUCAUACAGUUCCUAUAUGUACAAUAAAGGUGUAUAAUAAGAUGUAUGUAAAAAAUAUAUAUGUGAUCAUGUUAUCAACAGCCGUGUGGUAAAGAAUUAUUUCCUCUUGACAGCUCGAGCUAGUGGUUUAUUGGAAGUCGGGCAUCUCUGUUAUUGAAGACUCGUAAUUCAGGUUGAGUCUCGGACAAAAGGAGGACGUGGAUUCCUUGCUAUAUAUUUGAAAGAUUCUGACGCACGUCUGUACGGAAGCUUAGAAAGGCCAUACUUGCAAAUACUUUUUUAUCCCGUUAUCUCAAGAUAACAAAGCUCAUUAUCCUGAGAUAACAAGAUAUUAUCAGGACCUCAUACACUAAGUCGCAGUAACACGCCUCCCUAGCAACAGUCCUUAGUAACUCGUUAGCUGACGAGGACUGAUCUGAAAAUGAUCUUGUAUGAAAAGACACCGUGUGAUUUCUGCCCUUGAUUAAAAUAUGCUCUGAUGUU